CUAGACUCCAUCAGAUUAAUACCACCCAGGAACAUACCAAAACUUUUGGAUAAAAUACAUUUGAGCGGAGGAGUUGAGCUAUUUCUAACACUCCGCUUUUUCCAUGAAGGAUAAACAUCAAUUUGAUAUGAGGUAAUGUAAAUUUCUCUUGAAAGAAUCAAUGGUUUGGGCGGCUCACACCGCAACCUAUAAAUCACCACCUGUAAAAUCAAUACUGAAGUGUUUCACUAAAUCCCUCAACAAGUGUAAUACAUUUCCAGCCUUAAUACUACUACUACUUUCGUAGUAUCACUAAAUAAUUAAUGCAGAUUCUGUUUCUCCUUCCUCUUCUUAAUUCAAAAAUUUUAAAUUCUAGAUUUUGAUUUUUAUCAAAGAGAAAUAUAAUCGUUUGUUAAAAAAAUUAAAGAAGAUGAGCAUGAGUAGUGAAGAAAAACAGGUAACAUAUGGGGACGUUUUUCCUGUGUCAAGCGAACUUGGUUCAAAAUCUAUAGCGCCACGAGAUGCAGCAAUAAUGCAAUCAGCAGAGAGUAUAGCGCUUGGUCAUGUUCCCAGAGGCGGCCCUGCAUCACUUAUGCAGUCAGCCGCCGCACAAAAUGAGCGUAUUGGCGUUGUAGCGCCUCAUGACAUAACAGAUGAGGGCGUUACAGUCUCUCAAGCGGAAGUUGGAGGUACUCGCAUUGUUUCUGAAUCCGUAGGUGGAGAGAUAGUUGCACAAUAUAUUUAUCCAUCAGAAGCAGGAGGUGAUGAAGAGAGAGCAUCACGAUAUCCUACAACAGGAGUUCAAGAGGAGGCAGUUACGGUAGGUGAAGCACUAGAGGCAGUUGCACUUAAGCCUGCAGGGGAAAAACCAAUUGAGCAGAGCGACGCUGCGGCAAUACAGGCUGCGGAAGCAAGAGCUACUGGACGUGGCGAAGUAGUGUCGGGAGGUGUAGGAGCAGAAGCUCAACGUGCUGAUUCCAUAAAUGCUCGUACGGAUGACAAGACCACACUCGGCGAUGUGCUAAGAGAUGCAACAAGCAAGCUUGUAGAUGAUAAGGCAGUGAAGAAGGAAGAUGCAGAAGGGGUGGUGGGUGCUGAAAUAAGGAAUAAGCCGGACUUGACUACACAUCCGGGAGGUGUAGCAGCCUCUAUCACCACCGCAUCUGAUCUCAACGUAUUCUAACUUAUUCAAAUUUGUUGAGUAUUUUUGUUUACGUUUAUUGUUUUUUUCCCAUGUAGUUGAGUGCAUUGAGGAUUCAGGAUUUUUUUAAUAAGGGAUUCUAUAUUUUCAUAUUCUUGUACUUGUGUUAAUUGGCAUAUUUGUUGGAAUACUAUAUAGAAUUCACCCGA